UAACAGCUUCAAGUGAUAUUGAAAGUGAAACUUCGAUAAAAUAUAAAAGAUCUGAAGAAAACAACCAACCUGUUAACAUAGAAUUUACCAAUGCUAACAAUUACAAAUCUGAAGCAAAUGAAUCUAACCCUAUCAAAAUUGAUCAGGAAGAACAUAAAAAAACCCAAGUCACAGAAAAGUUUUGCACACAAUCAAAAAAAAGAUCAUCCAAUUAG